GGCAGAUUUUGAUCGGGACGCAAUCGGCCAAGCUAAACUUACACAUUAUUGGAGAAGCCAAUCACUUCACGUAGGCCAGCCAACCAGCCAUUCCAUCUGAUAUGGCUACUAUGGGCAGAUAUAAAGUCUCUCUUGGCAGGUAUCCGUACUUCAGAUACACAGUCAAAGAAUGUCGACCAACACACUCCACCUCGUUUCCUUCUGGCAAGAUGCGCUGAAAAUUCUUGCAAUGUCACUCAAGCUGCACGCGGCUGAAAGACAGGGACAAUCAAAUGCCUGCCCUUGCUAUCCUAUAGUGCAACACUUAGUGCUGGACCAAUUACCCAAGUUAAUCCAUCACUGUUUGUCUCCUCAUGUAACUCAACGUCAUGAAUGUCCUUCGGUCAUUGCCGAUGAAUGGACACUGUGCGGGGACUCCGAUUGGAACAUGUUCAACACAACAACGAGCAUCAUGGAGGCGCCCUUUGCAUUUGACUCGGAGUUGUCCAGCUUUAGUGAUAUAUCUCCUAUCGAGUCCGAUCUCAUUCCCCAGCCCCUUUCAAACAUUGCUCUUGAUCCAGACAACAGCAUGGAUGCCUCUUAUCCUAGCGAGUCUGGCCAUUUGGAAGGUUGCAACCUCAACUCGGAACCUUUCUUCGAUUUUUCCAAUGGUCUCUCUCCAGAGCUUUCCAUGACCCCCUCUAUGGAUGACGCUCUAUCCCAGACGUGGAGUUCCUAUCCUCUCCCGCAGUCGCCUGAUGCAUCAUCUUUUGAUGGGAGUUCAUCUUGCUAUGAUGCACAGUGCCAGUGGGGAUAUGAGCACACCCACGAUCUUCACAUAGAACCACCAUCAUACGACAUACAACCUCACGCACAGAACUCCAGCGAUAUCUAUCCAUCUAGUUUUUGUAGCGGAUCUGAUCUUCAUUCGCCUACACCGCCGUGGUCAGAGGAGACAAAGCGCGACUGUACGUCAUUGAUGGAUAAUACGGACGACAUUCCAAGCUUAUGUCGCUGGGAUGGUGGGUCCUGCUUCUCACUUCUGACUACCGACAAGUCCGAAGUGACGAAGCACCUCCAACUACUCCACGGUAUAAAACCUGGCGGCGACAAAGUCAGGAUGCCGUGCCAGUGGGAGGGCUGCGGAAAGGAGAUGAAGAAAGAGAGUAUACCACGGCACAUCGUUGCGGUUCAUCUGAGCAACAAAACGGAAUGCGGUAGUUGUGGGAAGCAGUUUGCUCGGUUAGAUUCUAAGCUGCGCCACCUAAAGAAUUCAAAACGAGAGGAGUGCAGAGAAUCCGAAUCUGAUGAUAGUCGUGCCAAACGCCGUCGUCUGUCGUUGCCAUGAUUUUCCCAUUAUACGUUUCUUGCAGCCUUAUUAUGCGCCGGCGCAGGACAGUGCCGCUACACAUGUAUGCUCGUUUUUGUCACUUCAGUCAGAUGUUGGAUGUACGAAUUACCGAACCUAUGCUUUCCAGUACACUGCCACGUCGAAGCAAGGGAAUGACUUGAGUUGUAGGGGUCAAAUUCAGGCCUUGGAAUGUGGCUGAGUGGGGUCAAAAC